GCAGCUAAGCAGCCAUGGUGAAGCUAGGCAGCAAUCUGUCCGACAAACUGGAGAAGCAGCCGUCUGCGGACGACGGCUUUGAUAACAUCCCCCUCAUCACACCCCUGGAGGUCAACCAGCUGCAGCAGCCGUUCACAGACAAGGUCAUUGUGAAGACGUCAACACAAUAUCAGCUGCAGCAGAAGAAGAACAAGCUGUACGUGCCCAAUAUCAAGAAGCUGAAUAUCAACUUCUACAGUGAUGUUUCAGACAAAGCCAAGAUCACAGGUCUGAUCCUCAUUACUUUGGCCUUCUUGACCAGCUUGCUCCUCCUGCUAAUGUACAAAGCCAUGUGGUACGACCAACUUACCUGCCCAGAGGGUUUCAUUCUCAAGCAGAAGCAUUGCACCCCGGCAGCUCUGGAGAUGUACUACACAGAGCAGCAGCAGCAGGAGGACCCAGGUGUCCGCGGCGGGGCCAACAGCGGGCUGUACGCCGCCCUCAGCCACCUCAACCAGGUCAAGAGGACUGGGUCUGAGCUGCCGUCGCCAUGGCUACCAGUCAUCAACGCUCUGAAGGAGGCCGAGGUGGCCCAACAAGGUAGUGAGCAGCUGAAAGGAGUGCUGGAGGGAGAGGAGUGA